UCUCUGGGUCUCGAACUCCAUAGCAAAGGGGGAAAUAGGAAAAAGGUUGCAACUUCCUACUGCAUUUAUGCUUUGCACGCCCGUCGCUGGUGAUUCGUUCCUCUCGUUCAGCUCCACCGCCGCUCUCAGUCGCCUCAAGUUCAAAUGCUACUGUCAAUGGCUUCUUGUAGCUUAGGAGCUUUAAAUGUUAAAAUAGCUCACUUGAACUCUGGUAGACUGAAAAUUGGUGAAUCACGUCUCUCGUACGGUAGAACUUGGAUAGCGUUGAAAACACCGAAGUAUGCAGGUUUGACCGUACGUCAGCGGUUGGAUAAAAUAUACCCUGUUUGCUGUCAUCCAUCUUGUGGAAGUCCGUCUGCUACGAGUCUGUCAGAUGCUUCUGAAGAUUCAAAACCAUCCAGUUUAACAAGCCAGCUCACACCAAAUUCAUCUGAGGUUGAAUCCCUGCUCACAGAUAUAUGCGAGACAUCAAUCACAGAAUUUGAAUUGAAGCUUAAUGGAUUUCGGCUAUACGUGGCAAGGGAUGUAACUGGAGGACAUAAAUCUCUUCCUCCACUUUCCCCAGCCCCAGCACCUGUCUAUACAAAUUUUGAGGCGACUGAUAAAAAUGGUUCACUUUCAAAACCAUCUUUAGCCAUCUCCAAAGCACUAACUUCUUCAGAUGGAGGGCCAAGUUUGCUCGAUAAAGCAGCUGAUGUAGGCCUCGUGAUACUCCAGUCUCCAAGGGUGGGAUUUUUUCGGAGAUCUCGAACCAUCAAGGGGAAGCGUGCCCCACCUGCAUGCAAAGAGAAGCAAAUAGUGAAGGAGGGUCAAGUAGUUUGCUACAUCGAACAGCUUGGUGGAGAACUCCCACUUGAGUCUGAUGUAUCGGGAGAGGUUGUCAAGAUCCUGCGAGAGGAUGGUGAUCCGGUUGGAUAUGGUGAUGCCCUCAUCUCCAUUCUUCCUUCUUUUCCUGGAAUCAAGAUGCUGCAGUAGACGGUUUUCUUUUCACCUUGAGUUGCAUCUUCAGUAGCUUCAGCCCUGGAUAGAGUGUGUUUAUACCGGCUUAUUUAGCUGUUUGAACUCUCAAAUUCAUCCUUUUUGUAUGGUACAAUGUUCGCAAAAGCUACAGCGAGAUAAUUUUUUCCCCUCGUCUAUUUCAAAUGAAACAAGUAGAUCAGAAAUGUUGGACGUA